GCCAUGGAUCUCCAUAAGCAAUGGGAGACUACGGAGACAAACUGGAUUAAGGAAAAGAUGGAAUUACUGGACCAAUUUGACAAUGAAAGGAAGGAAUGGGAAAGCCAAUGGAAAGUUAUGCAGAAGAAAAUAGAAGAGCUUUGCCAAGAAGUAAAGCUCAGGAGAGAGAACAAGAAGAAUGGCUGCUCCAAAACUACUGAACAUGAUACCAAUGUCAAAAGUAAAAUAGCGCCAUUUUCACCACAUUCCCCAAAUUCAGGACAACAUGACACUGCAGCUCUGAGAGUUGGACUCUGUCCUGUAAGUCUAAAUACAGACACUAUCAAAGGAGGCAGCUUCCUUGAGGAAAAAAAUCAAAUGAGCAAGGAACAAACAACAAUGAGGAAAUCCAAAGCAGUGUUCAUGAACCCUCUGGCCACAAAAAACCAAAAGAAAUGUGAGGGUGGGUCUGGCUUGAAUAUUUCUGAGGAAGAAAGAAAGAGCUGUACUAAUGCCCUCAAUACAGCUCUUGAGGAACUUGCCAAAGUUAGUGAGGAAUUAUGCAACUUUCAAGAGGAAAUCCGAAAGCGAUCUAACCACAGAAGGAUGAAGUCAACUCCCUUACUCCAGGAAACAAUAAACACAGUUAAUCCUGAUGUGAAUCAAGUGAUCAGCAAUGGCCCUGCAAUUACUUUAAUCAAUUUAGAUAUGGACAAACAGAUGAAUAAAAAGAAAUUAAUCCAUUUUAAUGAUAUGCCCCAUAACAUCCCUGUUGAGAACAGUGUACCAGAUACACUUUCUUUGCAAAGAAAUGAAACUCCACCAGUCCCUCCUCCAAGAAGCACUUCUCGAAACUUGCCAAGCUCAUAUUCUGAAGAUCACCCAGUCUUUGAUGGUCCAAAGGAAAUUUUAGACAACAGGUGGGAGACGCAAGACUACAGGGGUCAAAGGAAUUGUAGUAAUGACUUCCUUGUAAGGCAUCGUGAAGCAUCUGUGUCCUGCCCACAUAAACAGAACACUUUGAAAGAUCAAGUUACUCUUGCCGCUUCAGUGCAAAUAGCCAAAAUAGACAGUGAAACUCAAUGUAAUAAGGACUUGGAGACUAAUAUAUGGUCGCAUGAUAUAAACAAGCUUGGAACAGGUACGAAGAGUGUGCCCUCAACAUUGUGGCUUCCAAAAACUAACUCCAAUAAUCUUCCAUAUGAGAAGUUGAUCCAAAGACACCAGGCUACAUCUGAUUCUGCUGUUCAUGUAAGAGAUGACCUGAAUUGUUCUUUGAAACCUAACAGUGAUUCAUUUACAGGAGUUGGUUGCAACUUUGAAAAGAUUUCAAAGAAUGAAAAAUUGGCAGCAAAGACAGAUGAAUUUAACAGAACUGUAUUUCGAACAGACAGAUGUUGUAGUUCAGCACAGCAUAUUCAGAGUCUCUUAAAUUCAUCCAAAGACUCCAAGCAUUGUGCAAUUCAUGCAAAAGAAAAUGACAACCUGUGUUGCAUUCAGAACAACAGCUUCUCAGUGCCUAAAGAGAGAAUGCAAAACAGUUUUACCAAAAACGUCACGGGAGGGCAAGUUAAGCAAGCACAGGAGCAUGCUAAUGCUAGCAAUUACCAUCACAUGCUUCAUGAACAUAACUGGAGACCAAGUAAUUUAUUAGGUCGUCCACGAUCAGCUGAUCCCAAGUCAAACUACGGAGUAGUAGAAAAGCUGCUGAAAAACUAUGAGAAAUCAACAGGGUCUUUGUCACCAAACUCAAAAUGCUGCCAGGAUCAAUGGAACAAAUGGGAUUGUAAUGUCAUCGAGAAUAACAAGGACACCCUUAAUCAGUGUUUAGAACUGUUUCAACCAGAACAAGAAAAGCAAGAGCUUCAGAUGGAGUCAGCCAUGUCUAUGGAGCAGCAAAGCAAGCAAGGAAUAGAGAGGAAAAAGUUAACAGAGGAGUCUGUGGCAAUGAAAUCAUCCGAUGGGAAAAGGUUUUCUCGGCCUGCUCGGCCAGCAAAUCGACGCCCACCUUCUCGAUGGGCACCUAGAUCCCCAUCUGCGCCCCCAGCCUUGAAGAAGACUGUGUACAGCUAUUCUUUUUCACUGCAAUCAGAGACCACAGUUGUCUAAGUCUCCCUAAAACAGGAUGGGUAGAUGCUGCGGCCAAAGCUCUAGACCUACUUUCCAAACUGAGCAUUCUGUGUGUUUGUAGCCAGUUGUGUCCUGCUCUGUAUUCUUCAAGAUUAAGAAUUUCAUCUCUUGAUAUACAGAACAAGCAGUUAAAAAUCUUAACUUUUCAUCGGUCUUCAGUGUUUUUAAUCGACAGAUGAACCAUCUUCCUGUAUUUUGUUUGUUUAAUAGCUCAGCACUACUUUUUUUUUUUAAAUGUCAUCCUCAUCAAUUUGCCCAUUGGAUUUAUGUUUAAACGGUGUACAAUUAUGUAUAUUCUAACAUUCCUGCUAGCAGCAGGAAGUGAGCUUGUAUGCAUGACAACAUGUCUGUAGGUGCAUGUGUUGAAAUAGGAAGUAUCCUGGUAUGUACUUAGGUGAGUCAAAUUUAUGUGCUAGUGUUGACCUUACAAUUAUAACCUGUAUACCUAGAUAUCAUUUGUGUUUAUUUUAAAAGUUUGAAAAUAUACAGCACUGAUAUUUAUAUUUUGUUUAUCUCUUACUUAGGUAAGAAUACUUAGAUAUUCAGCUAUGGUAUUUGGGGUACAGAGAAAAAGCCAUUCUAACACCCCACCUGCAGCAACAUGCAUUGCAAAAUAUGUAUCAUAUACAGACUUGAGCUUAGUGGAGUACCUUUGAUAGUAUUCUUAUAGCACUUCUUAACCUUUAUAAUGAGAAAACACCAUAGUUGGGCUGAUUUUUUCCCCCUUUUGUAAUGAAAAGUUGUAUUAUUUGUACCAGAGCAGCCUCCUUUGGCAGACAGUCCUGCCUAAAAUACCCACAGAUACUUUUCUGCAUUGCCCAGUACAGGAGGUAGUUUUUUUCUUGAUGCUUUGCCUCACUGUAAUUUGGGCAACCCAAUUCAUGGGAAACUAGAUCUUAAGGAGCUUCUUUUGGUAUUUUAGUAACAAACCCCCCUGAAAGGGGGCAUAAAAUAGAUUUUCUUUGUACUGAAUUCUUCUCUCUAAUGAAUAGUACUCAAUUUAAUUCACCAAAACUUUAUUAAGCCUCUAUUAUGUGCCAGGCACUGGGGAUUCAAAGCAAAAUAGUACCUUCCCUCAAAGAGCUUACAUUUUAUUGGUGGGAAAGAACAUAUGUUUAAGCAAAGUUUUUGUGUAGUUAUGCUAUCUAGACUAAUGAACAUUUUAGGGCAGUAGAAAAAGGUAUACAUACCCCUUCAGUUUUUACAUUUUCCCACCUCUUUCCUUAAAAUUGUUGGGAUGAAAGAAUAAUUCACUUUAUGUUGUCAAACAGGAAUCAUAUUUUGAUUCUCACCUAAAUCAUGAGUUUUCUCUUUUUCUGUAGCAAACAAGUUACUGAGUAUCUAUGUUCCUUUGUCACAGUUUUAUAGUUGUAAACUCUGGCAACCACCUGGAUUCAGAGACCAUGAAAAUUUCAAUUAUAGAACUGAAGGAAAUCAAAGUGCUUGGGUGCCUGAAAUAUUAGGAAGGAAGGUCUUAGAAGUAACCAUGACCUUUUACUUGUCUCUCUGACAAGUUUUAUACCAUGCUUCUUUCUUUUUCUUUUUUUUUUUUUGGUGAGGCAAUUGGGGUUAAGUGACUUGCCCAGGGUCACACAGCUAGUAAGUGUUAAGUGUCUGAGGCCGGAUUUGAACUCAGGUCCUCCUGAAUCCAGGGCCAGUGCUCUAUCCACUGUGCCACCUAGCUGCCCCUUAUUUCUUAAAUAUUAAUUUCUAUCAAGGGCUUCCUCUGCCACUAAGAAGUAACUUGGUUCACGUGAUUGGAGUCCCACAGGGAUUCAAAGAGCCAUUUUUUAUUGGCAACCAGAUUAGAGAAAUGUACAUUAGCCUAGACCAGGCCUUAAGGUAGACUAUUUAGAUCUUAAAUCCCAGCUUGCCUUAAAAAGCUCAGGGCUGUUGCAUUGUGAUGGAAUGAGGUCUAAUUUUUAACUGUAAAACAGAUGGAGUUUAAUAGGAGUUAAACUGCCUGCUAGAUCUCGAUGGGUUUAAAUUGGACCAUUCAGUUUUCAGACCAUCUUCCUCCAUCUUUUUGAGUACAUUGCAAGCCUUCAUCAUAACACAGUGCUGCCACCCUCAGAGAAAAUUUACAUAAAUUCCAAAUUAUGUGACUCUAAAACCAUGUAUUUUUUUUCCCAUUUGGAGCCAGGGGAGAGUGGGGAAGGAGAGGAGAGAGAACAGCUCUGAGAAGUGUGGUCUAUGAUAUAAAAUUCUGCAUUUGUUUGGAAACCAAUACUGUAUGGCAUGGUAAGAGGGACCUAAUAAUUAAUGUGCAAAUGCCCAACUAGUUUGUUGUUCUUGCUUGUAUUCUACCCAAGAGGAUCUAAUGUACAUGCCACCUCUUGAUAAGGUAGACGUUAACCUUUGUAUUCAGGCCAUUUUCAUUUUUACUGCAUUUUAAAUGAAUUGGUGACAUGCUUAACAAAAACACUUUUCAUUUUUAUCUGUGUGAUUUCUUUCUAAAUAUGCUAUACCUUUCUCAGGAAAAAAAAAACCUACCAGGUGUGUAGAAAAUUAUUCUUUAGUAGUAUUUGUGUUGGUCUUGGGGUUUAGUGGACGAUUUUCAAAAUUGAAUGAUAGAAUAUUUAUACACUCUUGGAACUUAAAAAACAUGUAAUGGAUAGAGUAAUGAACUCCAUACAGUCAACUCUAAAAGGUGCAAAGAAGUUACUGAUCUGCAGUGGUCAAGGGAGCUCCCUACACUGGUAAGAUCACAGGUAUAGAUCAAAAACAUAAUGCCCAUACUGCAAGAUGAAUGACUUCUGGGAUAUAUGAACGUUUCCAGAAAAAUUACUUGUUAGAAACACUUUCGUGACUACUGGUUUCUCCUAACUAAACAUUUUGUAAAAGACUUUUAGUAAUCCAAACUCAUAUGAUCAGUUUUCACUAUCCUUUUUUUUUUUUUUUUUGGUGAGGCAAUUGGGGUUAAGUGACUUGCCCAGGGUCACACAGGUAGUAAGUAUUAAGUGUCUGAGGCCGGAUUUGAACUCAGGUACUCCUGACUCCGGAGCCGGUGCUCUAUCCACUGCGCCACCUAGCUGCCCCUUCACUAUCCUUAAUAAGACUAUCAGCAUAGACUAAAUAUAGUGACUGGCACUUCUUAUCUCUUGCCAUCCAAAUUUUGGAGAACCAGCAGUUGAACCCAGGGAAUGGAAUGGGAACGGUACUAAACACAGAGGGGAGUAUGUGAAUUUCUAGUAUGUGUGCUUUUGUGUUUGUUUGAGUUUAUGUCUGAGUGUUCUAUGUUUCUCUUUGUGUUCCAAGGCCAAAUAUAAAUGAUUAUUUGGAUUAUCAACUGUUUUUAUUAUCCAUAAAUCUUCUCCUCUCAUUUAGCCCAGGUAGUUAUGUUGGUUGUAUUUUA